UAGGUUGCAGAUCACCGAGGGCCGAAGAAAUGUUACUACCGAACAGGUUUUUGUCGUGAUGUGGGCGGCAAAACCGGAUAUGAGCGGCGCGGGAAGGGACUGUGGGACUGACGGGGGUGGAAGACAUAUGCAAUGCAACACCACGGCAAUUCCUAUCUACUAUCGACAUAUUAAUUGUAAGAUGUUAUUUGCUCGAUUUCUUCGCACUCUGGGGGGGGAGUUUUUUUUUCUUUUCUUUUUUCUUUUCUUCAACGGCCCCCAAUGCUACCGCACCACGAUAGGAACUAACUCGGGUUGCUUUAGACCAAAGGAGGAGCUUGUGUCCGUUCUACGUACAAUGCCCAGGGGGAGGGGUGUUGCGGGCAGGGCCGUGAAAGUUUAUCGUGUCGUGCUCGCGAAAAGCAACGCCAUCGAUUCGAUGUUGCGGCGCGGCAUCGACCCUUGGAUUUGGACGACGAUGGAACAUUCAAGGUUUUUUCUGUCCCCUUUAAUCGCGAUACGGUGGUAAGUGGCGAUGGGAAUCUGGCAUUGUUAUCCUUUGCUUUGUAAGAGGGAGCCGAAUGUAGUCAGCAUUUCCGUUCUCUUACUGCCCAGAGUAAUCACUUCUGGAAGUCCAUCGAAGGGGUCAAAACUAACUCUCGAUGGGGGGGGGGUCGGGUUCCUGGUCUGGUUGACGAUACUUUCUCGACGGGCUAUUUUCAGUACAAGCUCCUUUCCCUCUCAAUGGCAAAGGUGUGAUGAAGCUGUUAUGUAAGAAUCACAGCAUGCAAGGUUAGACUUUCGGGUAGGGGGAGAAAAAGGUUUGGACAAUCCGUUGUUUUCCUUGGACAUGCGUGCUCAACACGAGUCCGCGAGGAGCUAAACGAGGUUUCGAGAAACUCCGAUCAUCGCAUCUCUCUCUCUCUCUCUCUCUAGACUUUUCUCUGCCC